CCCAAAAUAGAUACACAGAACUGAGAAAUACCAAUUGAAAGCUGAAGAAACAAAAAUGGGUUCUUCCUUAUCAUCAACAAACGCAUGGAUUCUCUCUUUACAAGUUCUGUUGUUAGCUUUCGGCGUCGUAUCGGUGGCUAUGGCGGUGGAAUACAUCGUUCCGCUGCUGUUAGACUUCGCCGUCAACGAUCUCCCGGCGAUGUGGUCCCUUCUCCAGUCGUAUCUCAAACCACCGUAUCUCUACCUUCUAAUCAACGUUAUUAUUUUCACAAUAUUCGCCACAUCAAGCUUCCACCACCGCAUCAUGCACGAAAGUCAAUCUCAGCCACCGUUGGUUAAUCCACCGACGUCGAAUCUCCAAGGAGUUCCGAUUCAACAUAAUUUUGGUAUGUUGGAGCCCCCAGUGGUGGUUUACGACAGUGCGCCUAUGGGUUUUGAAGAUCCUCAACCUCCAAUUUCAGAUCUUGAAACAGCUCCGAUGAAUGAUUUAGAGGUGGCUGGAGUUGAAAAUGAGGAUGAAUUUGUGAUUUCAAGGUCCAGCUGGAAUCCGCCGCCGCAGAUAAGCAGCUAUCAACCACCGCCGGUGAUUACUCAGUCGGAGAAACCACUCUUUACUUCCCGAUUCGCACACCCGAAACAGACAAAAACCAGUUCCGAUGGUUACAGGGCCCUAAAGGUAGCGAAACCGAAGAAACAGGAGACGUUAGAGAGCACGUGGAAGACGAUAACCGAUGGCCGUCGCAUGCCGCUCACGCGCCACCUCCGGAAAUCAGAGACCUUCGAGAACCACCGUCACUCGGAUGUGUACCCUCUUGAACCACCGGCAGAGGCGGCGGUGGGGGUGGCAGGGAAGGGAAAGAAGGUGAUGAAGAAAGCUGCGACGCUAAGAGACCGUACGAACUACGACAACCAAAACAAUCGUCCUCCGUCGCCGGCGUCGGGUGGGAAAGUGAGGAAAGAUGGGUCACUGAGUCACGAUGAGUUGAACCGGCGAGUGGAAGCGUUUAUAAAAAAGUUUAAUGACGAGAUGAGGCUGCAACGACAAGAGUCGAUGAAACAGUACACAGAGAUGACUAACCGUGGGACCCAUUAAAGUUCUUUUUGCUAUAAAAUUUAUACCUUAAGGAGUGUUUAGUUAUUUAUUUAUUUUAGCCCUGGAGGAAUGUAUUCGUUACCUUUCCACCC